CAAAGCCGCAGUGCUCCCAUACAAGUACUUAGUGGGCUGGAGAAACAUGACAUCAUGCACAGCUCCGACCCCUCUCUACGAACACAAAGAGUAAAGCAUAUUUAUUUUACUACUGAUAACCACAGUCGACGACAGAACCGUCUACACUGUGAUACUCCGCGGUCACAUCCAUAAAAUACACCGGGAUCUGGCCCUGGUACUCCGGUGUGCAGCGGAGUCUGGGAGGGGCAUCCGUCCGUCGUCCGUCCGGGCAAUGGCGGAUGGGGAUGCCACCGUGUCUGUGGAGUGGGGCAGUGGUGAUGGGUGCUUAGCAAAAUAACAUUCCACCUGUGCAUAAACAUUUUCUCUGUUACGCUCGGUAUACAGCUCGCGCCAUGGAUCCAGAGAAAACGUUGACGUUCUGCUUCGGGCUGAAGGCUGAGGAGAUGACCAUGUCCCUGCAGGGGCUGGACGGGACUGAAACUGCUACAGUGGCUGUUUCUCAGAAGGAGCCUGACCUGCGCACAGUUAAUGAGGUGGUGAAGCAUGACGGGGGUUCUGGUAGCCAGUCUGUUGUCAGUCCCUACUGUCCUGGUGUAAAUGACACUCCAGGUUACCUGUGUGAAACAGGGCACUGCUGCGGAGAGACAGGCUGCUGUACCUACUAUUAUGAACUCUGGUGGUUCUGGCUGCUGUGGACAAUGCUGAUCCUCUUCAGCUGUUUCUGUGCCUACCGCCGCCGCCGGGCCAAGCUGAGGAUCCAACAGCAGCAGAGGCAGAGGGAGAUCAAUCUGAUCGCCUAUAACGGAGCCUGCAACUACCCUUCCUCAAUGCUGGACCUCAGUUUUCUGGCUUCCUUCAAGUUGCCCUCCUACGAGGAAGUGGCGGCGCAGCCCAGCACCCCUCCUCCACCUUACAGCUCCGUCUUUGCCCUGCAGGGAGGUGCCAUGGGGGGUCCUAGCUCCUCUUACCCCCAUCAUCUCCAGUACCGUCACCCCUGCCCUCCCUAUCUGGGCCCCGGUCCCAGUGGCCUGACUUCCUCCCAGAGCUCUGACAACUACACUAGCUGUUCAUGCGAGUCAUGCUCCCUCACCUCCCCCUCUAGCACCUCCUUCUCUGUCCAGGUGACAGACGAGACAUAUGACAGCAGCCACAUCUCCACACCAAGUGAAGCAGGGGGCGACUAUGCUGUCAUGCCAAGGGUUCCGGCCAACUUCACACCAACUUUUUCCAUGACACCUCCGUUACACGUUCCCCCUGAUGUCAUACCCAAGGCCACUCCGGAUGUCAUACCCGUACAAAUACUGUCCUCAAAUGGCAGUGAAGGAGUCUCGCCUUCAGCUCCACCUCUCUCUCUUCCUUUACGCUCUCGUCCUUCACACCCUUCUCGCCUCCCACUUUCUCCCCUCAUUCUGCUACAUUCCCUGCCUCCUGGUCAAAUCCAUCCUCUUGUCCUCUCAGACCCACUUGGAGCUGUGGCCAUUCGGAGGGAGAAAGACGAGGAGGAGGCCCGGCCUUGUGGUCCAACCCCCAGGCCCACUCAAUAUCCCCCUAAACAGGCUCUCUUUUUCUCAAACAUGGCAGUUUCCACACAUUGCAACAACAAAGAGGAGCAAAAACGAGAAAAAGAAGAAGAGGAAGAGGAAGAUGAGGAGGAGGAUCAUUUCCGGCAUCGACGGCUAACAGGUGACUCGGGCAUUGAGGUAUGUCGUUGCCACGUGAAGAGAGAGGAACAAGAGGAAGAAGAACUACCAAAGGGACAUUCUGGGAAAGGAAGGAAGGCUUUGAAGGAAGAGGAAAGGGAAGACAUGCUGCAUGACAGCGUGGACUGUUCCCUCCGAGGGAAGGCUGCUGUUCAGUCACCACUCCUGGGCCUCUGCGUUGAACAGCGUGAUCACGUCUCUUCAUCCUCCAGUAUCCUCCAGAAGACAGGCGAGGCCAUCUUCACUGUGGAGUCCUCGUAAGCUGACAGCCUGUGAGAUGUUGUCAAACAAGUGGGAAAAGUGAGAUAUUAAUGCUUGAUAGCAUCUUCAUAGAUCAAGACUAGUAGGUGGAAAGUGAAAUCACUGAAGAAGAGUCUUGCAGAGGUCUUACCAUGGUUGGGGGCAGGAUGACUAAUGUAUUCUCUUGUUUUCUCUUUAUUUAAAUGAGAAACUCCAAGAGAGGCCGACACCUGAAAGUCCUAUUUUGUAGGUAAUUUAUUUAUAGUUUGGGAGACAGCAUAUUUUCUCCUCUAAAGGGAUGAAAAUGCUAAUGAGUUGCUCUUUCGUUGUCUCCAUUUUCCAACAUGCUAACCAAAUCCAGUUUUACCAGUGGAUCGGAGUAAACAUGUCCCUCUAUUGUUUACUUUUCAUCUCUCUUUUAUUUACAUGAUGCAAAAUUGCAAAAAAAAAAACAUUUUAGCUCCUUGAAAUGAAAAACCUAGCUCAGUGGUUCCCAACAUGUGUCAACAAAUAAAGCAGAGGGGUUGUGAUGAUUAACCGAAUAAGAAAGAAGAAACGUAGUUCUGCUAAAGAAAAUUAUAUGCUAAUGGUUCUUUAAUCUUUACAGUUUUACCUCUCUGAACAUUUAAAAAGAAAUUGAAAUGAAACAGUCUGAGAUGCGAAAAUCAAUCUUUAGUGGACCAGCUCACAGCAUUCUGACAUAUGCAAUGUGUGUGGGGGUCACAGAAAACAAAGGUUGGGAACCGCUGUCUGAUUAAUCAUAUUAAUAAAUCAUCCCAGCAGCAGUGAACAAGACUGUUUAUCAUUGACAACUUUUUAAAUUGUGUGUGUGAAGAAAAAACGGCCAUUCAUUUCAAAAGAGCAGCUCUAACUAAUUGUGUCUGGAUUCUAUCUUUUGAAGAGGUUCUGACUACUGGACACAUGGUUUGAGGUCACAGGACUAACCAGUGACCUUUUUUUGUUGUAAGGUGAAUUUUUGCUUUCACCAGCCUACUUCCUUCUGUUUUAGAGGAAAUAAGAAGGGAGCUAUCAUGACUGAUUCAAGAAGUGUUUUAUACAUUGUGUCUUAUAUUGCUCCCAUAAGGGGUGCAAACAUUAUUUAUAAUGUGUGGGUGGCAAAGCUUUACAAUGGUCUUAUGAUUAUACAUUGUUGUUCCAGACUGUUAAAUGAUUAUACUGUAUAAUGAACUGACUGUUUGACUUAGGAUUUAAUGUGCUUGAACAUGUUGCUGGUUGGUCGUUACCGUUUUUGCAAGGCAAUGGAAGUCUGAUUCCAACGUCCAACUGUUGACUUUUUACAAGGCAGAAACUUUAAGCCUAAUCUCAGCACUGAUAAUGAAUGUAAAAGGUUAUGCAUUGCAACAAAAAGAUACACUGAAAUUGUUUACGGAGAGUUGUUAUACAGCAUGACGCUUGACGGAAAACCUCUGAUAAAGUGUCCAAACCUGCAGCAAGGCUGUACAAUCUGCCAGAUGUGGGCUUUGACACGACACUUUGAAAUGAAGUGCCCAUUGUAAUGUCUUUCUGAGUCAAGUAAUGCUUGUGAGAUUUUAAAUGUAGGGAGUGCAGGUUUAAAGUCCGAGUAAUGCCUCUUUUAUUAUUGCUGUGGCUAAACAUGGAGAGUUGGACUGCUUUUCUCUAAAUGUAUCCCGAUUGAUCCUGUUUUUUUGUGUGUGAAAUCAUUCAUCAGUUGAUGUCCAGUUGUACAAUAUCUGUCAGUAGAGAAUAGCCUCAGUGUGAGGUUCAUACCCUUUUGAUUGAUGCUCUGCACUUAUGUUGAGUAAAUUGAUCCUGGUCUUAGCAGUGGAAAUGGCACAUGUGUAAUUCUCACAAAAUGUACUGAAGCACAGAAUAAGAUUUAGAAAGAGUGUCUCAAUCACAUUUUGUACAUUUGUGUCUUUCUGUAGUUAUUGUGACACAAAUGCCUCUAUAGCUCAUUGACUAGAGGCCACUUUGUUGUGUCCUUGGCUCAGUGCAAAGCCAACUUAAUUGUCUAGCUUUCAACUCAUUUAUAGUUCUGUGGACAGAAAACCUUACCUGGGUUCAGCUCCAAAAUACCUUAUAUUUGUCAUAGACGAAUCGUGUAUGUGAAUUGGGAAGUUUGGGUUUGUUAUGAAGGUCGUUUUGACAUUCUCUGAUCCUUUACGUUCUAAGAUCUUUGCAGUGACUCACAGGUGUGUCUCAGAGGUGACCCUUGCUGACAGAGUGUGGUCACCCUCUGAACAAAUCAACAGAAAAGCCUUCUGGCUAUUGUACAUUUUUUGGCUAAAGACUGGACAGUUGUUAUUGUCUUUGAUUAGUUCUAGCUAAUGUAUGUUCAUAAACGUACAUGAUGCCUAGGUGAAAAUAGACUUUCUGUCUGGCGUUCUAUAGUUUACUGCUGCUAUGCGAGUGUGUGUGUGUGUGUGUGUUUUCUGUAAACUGUGUAUAGUCCCACAUCAAAUGGGCAUACAUUUUCUAGCCGUGCUUAGCAGUCUCUUUAUAAAAUAUACACAGUAUGCGGUACACAAAUAGUAUUUAGCAAUAGUAUUCACACUUUUUUUUCCUUACUCUAGUUAAUGCUGGUUAAUAGGAAAUUAACUGUUGUGAAAAAGACAUUUACCUCUGUAUAACUGAUCCGUGAGCUGUGCUGGGCAGAGACCCUUGAUUGUACAUAACACUGCAUUUUAAAUGCCUUUGGCUUAAGGUUUCUCCCAAAUGUAAACUCAGAUUAUCUGGUUUUGUUAUAGCCCCAGUUUGGGCUCUCAUGUGUUGUCAUUACAUUUGGGUCACAGUGCUAAUCAUUCUUGUUUCCAUAAAAUAUCUGAAGUUAUGAAGGUAUUUCCAGAUUCCUCGGUCUCCUCUGUCCAUUUGGACUGAAAGAAAAAUGAUUUUUAAGCCAUUUCCCAAAUUGCAACUCUGUUUCCUAUUUCACGCAUAGAUGGUAGCUGGAAGUGACGUAGGUCCUUGCUUCGUCUAUACAACGUGAACAAAAAUGUGAUAUAUAUAUAUUUAUUUUUUUCUAUGAUACUGUUCCCUUUUUAUUUUUUUUAAAUAUUUUCUUACACAAUAAGUUUGUUUGGCCUUGAAUCAUGUGUUACAUCUAUGGAUUGGCCAAAGAUGUUAAACAUUCUCAAAUAUUCAGUAGGGUGACAAUAUGACACAAUAUACUUUAAUGUCUCCUUAAGGAAAUUAAUUUUGACUCAAACGUUGCACACAUAAAUAAAUGCCUUGACAGUUACAAAAAAACAACAAUAUGUGAACAGUGUGAUAUGGGAAAAAUGGAAAGUGAGUCCCAUUUUGUAUUGUUUAUGCCAUGAGGAUUUGAGUGUCAAUUUUCCAUAAAAUGGCUCAACAAAACCAUAAAAUAUUAUGGUAGGCAAAUGAUUACCAAAUAUGAAUGGUUUUUCUUUGUCUCACAAGCCAAGACAAGAUUGCUUAUUUAAUCAUUUAUUCAUGUUACUUCAGUAUUAUGCAGUACAUGUUUUGUCCCUGAUUUAUGAAUUUCAUUAGCAACAUGGUCUACAUAAUCUAUUUUAGGAAAAUUACUAAAAUACAUUUUUAAACUUUUAGGUUUAAAAUGUAUAUGCAGCAUUCUGAAUCUGGUCUUUAUAAAUUUGUAUGAUAUUUUAAGUUUGGACAUAAAACAGAAAAAAACACUCAUUCAUAUAUUUUUCUUGUGUCAUAAUAGGCAAUAUACAUAGGGAAUGAAGUUGAAACUUUUUUGUACAACAACAUAACAAUGGCUCGAUGGAAAGAGUUGUCCUUUCUGAUUCUGAAAGUGUUGUCAAAUGACCUUAUGGAGUUUUUUGUUAUUUAUUUUUAAACAGAUGGGUAGCUCUGUGACUCGAAUGCAGUGAUGGAAUAUAACUUAAGUACAUUUACUCAAGUACUGUACUUAAGUACACUUUUUUUUCAUGCCACUUUCUUCUUCUACUCCACUUUUCGGAGAGAAAUAUUGUACUUUUUAUUUCACUACAUAAUCUGACAUCUUCAGUUACUAGUUACUUUACACACACACAGCACAUGUAGUUUAUAAAAUAUGUUUUAUUAAUUAAACUACCCAACAACGUUUAGGCCUACAAGUACAUCUUAAAUGAAAAUCCGAUUAAACACUUAGUUUCCAGUUUCUAAAAUGUAAUGAUUUUUCUGCAUUUUUCUCAUCACAUUUUCUUGAUGAUACUUAAACACUUUUACUUAAGUAACAUUUUCAAUGCACUUUUUCUUGCAACAGAGUAUUUUUACAGUGUGGUAUUAGUACUAUUAUUUACUGCUACACUUACACCACUGCUCGAAUGUAAUUGAAACACAUAAGAAGCACAAACGGGCUAGUUUUACCCCAGCUCUGAUUUUUUCAUUGAAGCCAAACUGAUCUGAGUUCAGUGUAUAGAACUAGUUUGAUUUAUUUUGCCUUGUGAGCAGCUAGUAUGUACAGACAAAAUGCCCAAACUCUACCCUCAUUGCCACAGAAGGCAAAGGCCUGAUAUAAGACUGUUACCUCGCUGAGUUUUGACUGCAAAGGACUGUUCUUCAACUUAUCAAGAUAGUAUCUACUCUAUAUUUGUACUCACUUUAAUUUUGUAAUGCCAAGAUUUGAAGAGUUGAAAAUAAAUAAACGCAGAGCCCACGUUGGUAUGGUUGAACUGGUUUGCCACGUAAAAAACAAAACAUCCAACCCUGUUGAUUCAGGGUUACUCAUGACUGUUUGUUUCCCGGGAAACAAAAAGUGUUCUCCUUUUUACUCUUGCAGCUACGAGACAGCUAGAUUUAUAGAAGUAUCUAUAUGUGAUUGUACGUGAAAUAGUUCAGAGUAAAGUUGAUACAAAAUGUGGUGUUUUUUGAGGGUAUCCUUGUGCACUUCUACCUGCAGCUCUUCAGUGUGUUGUACGCAUGUGUGAGAGGGUAAUCGUCGGCCUUGUUGUUGUGGUGUUCUUUGUUGCUUAUUAUGAGGCCAAAGUUGAUUGUUGUUGGUAUUUGUUAACAUGAUAUGUGUCAAUAUAAUUAUCCAAACAUUUUUAUGUCAUCAUGAAUAGCAAGUUGAUUUUGUAUCUUGGUGUAUGGCAUAGAGAUUUCUGAUGCAUACUCUGAUGUAAAAUACAAACAAUGAGAUCCUCUCACACUUUUUUAGAUACUUGUUUGAUGGCACAUAUCCUGGUGCUUUUUUUUCCCUCUCCAGAAGGUAGGGUUGUAUUUCCGUUUCUUCUGUUUAAGGAUCUGUUUCAUUGAUGCUCAUUGGGAAUUCUAUCUUGCUGGACAACUGCGCUACUUUAUUCAACACAAGCUGUGGAUUUUGUGUCAAAAUAAAUGCUAACAAGUGCUACCAAA